AUGAUAGUAAAGCUACUUGUACUGUGCCUGGUGGGUCUGGCCUACGCUAGGCCACAAUGGGACUGCCCAUAUGGCAGCCAGAACCUAUUGGCUCACGAAAGCAGCUGCAACAAGUAUUACAUAUGUGUUGGUGGGAGAAAGAUAGAAGCCCAGUGCCCUAUCAACAGUCACUUCUCCAUCGAAAUUCAGGAAUGUACUGAGGAGGUGUUGGCUGAAUGUCGACUUGAAUCAAAGAACACACCAGACGUCUUCCCAAACGGAUGCCCCAGGGAUUAUAGAAUAGAGAAGCUGUUCGCUCACCCAAGAUGUGAUAAAUUCUACCAAUGCGUGCAUGGAGAUUACCAGGAAAUGCCAUGUGCACCCGGCACGCAGUUCAGCUACAGAUUGCAGAAAUGCACAUGGCCCCACGACGCUGACUGUGCUGGUGGAGAUAAUGGUGAUGACAGUGGUGAUGGUGACGACGGAGAUGUAGACGGUGGAGACGGUGGUGAUGGAGGCAACGGUGGAGACGGCGGCGAUGGAGGCAACGGUGGAGACGGCGGCGAUGGAGGCAACGGUGGAGACGGUGGAGAUGGAGGCAACGGUGGAGACGGAGGCAACGGUGGAGACGGUGGAGACGGAGGCAACGGUGGAGACGGCGGAGAUGGAGGCAACGGUGGAGACGGUGGAGAUGGAGGCAACGGUGGAGACGGUGGUGAUGGAGGCAACGGUGGAGACGGUGGAGAUGGAGGCAACGGUGGAGACGGCGGCGAUGGAGGCAACGGUGGAGACGGUGGAGAUGGAGGCAACGGUGGAGACGGUGGAGAUGGAGGCAACGGUGGAGACGGUGGAGAUGGAGGCAACGGUGGAGACGGUGGAGAUGGAGGCAACGGUGGAGACGGUGGUGAUGGAGGCAACGGUGGAGAUGGUGGAAACGGAGGAGACGGUGGAAAUGGAGGAAAUGGUGGAGACGGUGGUGACGGAGGAAAUGGUGGUGAUGGAGGAAACGGUGGCGGAGAUGGUGGAAACGGUGGAGACGGUGGUGAUGGAGGCAACGGUGGUGGAGAUGGUGGAAACGGAGGAAAUGGUGGUGAUGGAGGAAACGGUGGUGGAGAUGGUGGAGACGGUGGUGAUGGAGGCAACGGCGGAGAUGGAGGAAACGGCGGAGAUGGAGGAAAUGGUGGAGACGGUGGCGAUGGAGGAAACGGUGGUGGAGAUGGUGGAAACGGAGGAGACGGUGGAAAUGGAGGAAAUGGUGGAGACGGUGGUGACGGAGGAAAUGGUGGUGAUGGAGGAAACGGUGGCGGAGAUGGUGGAAACGGUGGUGAUGGAGGCAACGGCGGAGAUGGAGGAAAUGGUGGAGACGGUGGCGAUGGAGGAAACGGUGGUGGAGAUGGUGGAAACGGAGGAGACGGUGGAAAUGGAGGAAAUGGUGGAGACGGUGGUGACGGAGGAAAUGGUGGUGAUGGAGGAAACGGUGGCGGAGAUGGUGGAAACGGUGGAGACGGUGGUGAUGGAGGCAACGGUGGUGGAGAUGGUGGAAACGGAGGAAAUGGUGGUGAUGGAGGAAACGGUGGUGGAGAUGGUGGAGACGGUGGUGAUGGAGGCAACGGCGGAGAUGGAGGAAACGGCGGAGAAGGAGGAAAUGGUGGAGACGGUGGUGACGGAGGAAAUGGUGGUGAUGGAGGAAACGAUGGUGGAGAUGGUGGAAACGGAGGAAAUGGUGGUGAUGGAGGAAACAGUGCUGGAGAUGGUGGAAACGGUGGAGACGGUGGUGAUGGAGGAAAUGGUGGUGAUGGUGGAGACGGUGGCAACGGUGGAGACGGUGGAGAUGGAGGCAACGGUGGAGACGGUGGUGAUGGAGGCAACGGUGGAGAUGGUGGAAACGGAGGAAAUGGUGGUGAUGGAGGAAACAGUGCUGGAGAUGGUGGAAACGGUGGAGACGGUGGUGAUGGAGGAAAUGGUGGUGAUGGUGGAGAUGGAGGCAACGGUGGAGACGGUGGAGAUGGAGGCAACGGUGGAGACGGUGGUGAUGGAGGCAACGGUGGAGAUGGUGGAAACGGAGGAGACGGUGGAAAUGGUGGAGGAAUGGUGGAGACGGUGGUGACGGAGGAAAUGGUGGCGAUGGAGGAAACGGUGGUGGAGAUGGUGGAAACGGAGGAGACGGUGGAAAUGGAGGAAAUGGUGGAGACGGUGGUGACGGAGGAAAUGGUGGUGAUGGAGGAAACGGUGGCGGAGAUGGUGGAAACGGUGGUGAUGGAGGCAACGGCGGAGAUGGAGGAAAUGGUGGAGACGGUGGCGAUGGAGGAAACGGUGGUGGAGAUGGUGGAAACGGAGGAGACGGUGGAAAUGGAGGAAAUGGUGGAGACGGUGGUGACGGAGGAAAUGGUGGUGAUGGAGGAAACGGUGGCGGAGAUGGUGGAAACGGUGGAGACGGUGGUGAUGGAGGCAACGGUGGUGGAGAUGGUGGAAACGGAGGAAAUGGUGGUGAUGGAGGAAACGGUGGUGGAGAUGGUGGAGACGGUGGUGAUGGAGGCAACGGCGGAGAUGGAGGAAACGGCGGAGAAGGAGGAAAUGGUGGAGACGGUGGUGACGGAGGAAAUGGUGGUGAUGGAGGAAACGAUGGUGGAGAUGGUGGAAACGGAGGAAAUGGUGGUGAUGGAGGAAACAGUGCUGGAGAUGGUGGAAACGGUGGAGACGGUGGUGAUGGAGGAAAUGGUGGUGAUGGAGGAAACGGUGGUGGAGAUGGUGGAAACGGAGGAAAUGGUGGUGAUGGAGGAAACGGCGGUGGAGAUGGUGGAAACGGCGGAAAUGGUGGUGAUGGAGGAAACGGCGUUGGAGAUGGUGGAAACGGUGGAAAUGGUGGUAAUGGAGGUAACGGUGGUGGUAAUGGUGGUAAUGGCGGCAACGGAGGUAACGGUGGAAACGGAGGUGGUAAUGGUGGCAAUGGCGGCAACGGGGGAAACGGCGGUAAUGGUGGUGGCAAUGGCGGAAAUGGCGGAAAUGGAGGAAAUGGAGGAAAUGGAGGAAAUGGUGGUAACCUAUAAAAGCAAUAGACUCAUUGAAAUAAAAUAA